AGAAGUGCUUUGCAGAUCGAUUGAGUGUGAAGGAAGCAGGCCGGGCGUAGUUUCUAGAGAAGAUCUGGAAUCUGACAGUAGUGGCGAGGCGUUAGCUGUUUUGGAUGCCCCAUUCCAACUGGCUGGAAUUUCGAGGACUAGCAAUUUCCAGGGCAUAAUAGUCGCAGGAGAAGCGCCCGAGUCGGACGAGGAACGCGCGGGUAACAUUCUUUGAACCUGGUACUGUGAGCAGCCUCAGUAGUGCUGCCAGUAUUUCUUCAGAAUCUUCGCUGACAGCAGAUGUGAAGGAAGGAUGUAAGGGAAAGGAAUCAGAAAGCAAAUACAGCUCAUUGCUGCAUAAAUAACUGCGUUAAAAAUUGCCAGAUUUCAUUCUAAGAACAUCAACGAGAGAAACUUAUAAGGGGACUGCACUCACAAGAUUAAUGGAAAACUGAAACCGUGCGGUCAGCCGACUCCGAUCAUGGUUCUACGUGUACGUGGCUAUCCUGUCGGAACACCGCCUCGAACUAGAGGACCGCUAGAUGAAAACUGCAAUGGUACCAUCCAUUGGAUCACUACUUUUAAUGUACAGCACUUCCCAGUUUGGCAGUACUCUAGAAAAUGCGUUAAAGAAUGUCCUAUUUACAACUCUAUGCUCCGUGGUUCCAAAGGAGAACAUAAAAUUGUCUACGAUCAAAAGUUUUUUAUUCCUGUGUGCGAUGAAGGUGGUAGAGAACAACUGAUAAGGACUGGUCUGAAUGGUGAUAGUGAACAGGAAGAGAUUCAUAUAACAAAUAAUGGAUAUGUAGGACCUGGUGGGUAUGUAGUAGAUGAUAGGUUUGCAGGACCUUGUGAAGCUGAUGGAGAAGGGGAAUAUGUAUGGAUUGAAGUAUCUCUUGAGGAUGAUGAAAAAGAUGGUUCUGUAGAAGCUGAUGGAGCUGCAGAAGCUAGGGGCACUGCAAGAGCAGGGCAAGGUCGACCUAGUGGUGAUGCAGGUGGCACAGCAGCAGGAACAAGUUCAAGAGGGUACAAGUCAGAAGGAAGAGGCAGAGGAGCAGGAACAGCAGCAGCACGUCAUCCACCAGAAGCCAACAGAUCCACAAAAGUAGAACGUAGGGCAUCCUGCAUGCGCAUAGCUACCCAUCCUCCUGUCGCUAACCAGUUUCCAAAUGCUACAAGUUCACCAGACACAGCACAGUCCCAGUCAAAUACUUCUUCACCCGAAGAACUGUCAGAAGCUAAACCUAUUCCACUUGGUCCACAGCCGUCUACAGGAAAUAGACCACUGGCAGUAGUUGCCCCUGUGCAUGCUGAUUAUAAUCUUGCAGUGCCACCAGAUCAUCAUCGCUGUCAUCACCAUCGUCGCUGUCAUCAUCAUAACAGUGCAGUUGGCAAUUGUAAUUUAACAACCACUGAUAAUUCACAUGGGAGAACCGAUGUCAAUGCCACUGCCACCAGGGACAACAGUCAGUGGAUUGAGAUAAUCACCAUCCAGGCAGCUAAGGAAGAAGUCGUAGGAAGUGCCAGUGGCCCGAGUGCCGCCAUCCCCGGGAGCGCCAGUGGCCGGGGUGCCACCAUCCCCGGGAGCGCCAGUGGCCGGGGCGCCACAUUCCCCGGGAGCGCCAGUGGCCGGGGCGCCACAUUCCCCGGGAGCGCCAGUGGCCGGAGCGCCACAGUCCCCGGGAGCGCCAGUGGCCCGAGCGCCACAGUCCCCGGGAGCGCCAGUGGCCCGAGCGCCACAGUCCCCGGGAGUGCCAGUGGCCCGAGCGCCACAGUCCCCGGGAGCGCCAGUGGCCCGAGCGCCACAGUCCCCGGGAGCGCCAGUGGCCCGAGCGCCACAGUCCCCGGGAGUGCCAGUGGCCCGAGCGCCACAGUCCCCGGGAGCGCCAGUGGCCCGAGCGCCACAGUCCCCAGGAGCGCCAGUGGCCGGAGCGCCACAGUCCCCGGGAGCGCCAGUGGCCGGAGCGCCACAGUCCCCGGGAGCGCCAGUGGCCCGAGCGCCACAUUCCCCGGGAGCGCCAGUGGCCCGAGCGCCACAGUCCCCGGGAGUGCCAGUGGCCCGAGCGCCACAGUCCCCGGGAGCGCCAGUGGCCCGAGCGCCACAGUCCCCGGGAGUGCCAGUGGCCCGAGCGCCACAGUCCCCGGGAGCGCCAGUGGCCCGAGCGCCACCGUCUCCGGGAGCGCCAGUGGGCCUAGUGCCAACAUCUCCAGAAACACCAAUGUCCCACGUGUCACCCUUGCUGGAAAUGCUAGUGGAGCAGGCACCAACACUGUCAUCAGAAAUACAAAUCCGACCACUGUCAUCAGAAAAGCAAAUACGACAACGGUCAUCAGAAAAGCAAGUAGCACCACCGCUGGAAAUACAAGUGGCCAGAGUACAGCCACUUCUGGAGACAGCAGCACAGAAGACAGCAGCACAGAAGACAGCAGUGAUGGAGACAGCAGCAAUGGAGACAGCAGUGCCGGAGACAGCAGCGCCGGAGAAAGCAGUGCUGGAGACAGCAGCGAUGGAGACAGCAGCGAAGGAGACAGCAGCGAAGGAGACAGCAGCGAAGGAGACAGCAGCGAUGGAGGCAGCAGCGCCGGAGGCAGCAGCGCCGGAGGCAGCAGCGCCGGAGGCAGCAGCGCCGGAGGCAGCAGCGCCGGAGACAAUAACAUUAUAGACAGUGGCGAAGAAAUCAUUCUUUGCCCAAAAUGUUUUAAUUUAGAGACAUUUAACAAAUAUUUUUAUUUUAUUGGUCCUGGCACUGUUACACUUCGACCUGGCAAAAGAAUUAUUGAGGCAGACGACACAAAAGAGUCCAAGUUCGAAAGAGGAAAUAUGAGAGGUAACAAUUCCAAACGUAGCAAGGUUAUCUAUACCAGCGUCAUUGUUUCUCCUAAGGAGGAAUCUUCCAGACGGGAGUCCAUUUGCCGUGAGAGAAAUAAAAGGGAUAAUUUAUGUCUUGAGGAUAGGGUUGCAAAACGCAAGAAGUUGUAA